UAUAUCUAUAAAUACUUGUCUAACACUACAUCUACAUCAUUCUUAUCCUCCAAAUUUAAAAAUGGCUAUUACCAUCACUUCACUAACUAUGACAAGAUAUUUUUCUGGAACAAUAGAAGCAAUAACUAAGUGUAAGGAAGUUCUUUCUUUGAAGGCAUUGAAUGCCAUUGGAUGUUCUGUAUUUGAGCAAUUCAUGAACGUUCUGGAGAAGGUUCUUUUUGCUACAUUCACCUGCAUUUUAGCACUAGGAGGGUCGAUAAUAGGAACUAUAACAGGAGCUAUCAAAGGACAAACCACAGAAGUUGGUUUUCUUGAUGGAGCUGGCAAAGGAGCGAUUGCAGGAGCCAUUGCAGCCAUAGAAUUUAUGAGUUUUGCUUAUGUGGCCGUGGGUGAGCCAUUUUCCAAGGUUGCUUUGUUGAGAAGUUUACUAAAUGGAAAAGUAUUUACGGAAUGGAUAUGUCCAACUGUUGCAGAAGCUUAUUUGUUUUAUAUAAAUUCACUAGAAACAGGUUAUGAAGGAGUGCUUUCAGAUAUGUAUGACAACAUGGGAGUUAAAGGGAUGCCACAUAGUUGUAUUAUGAAGCUUCCAUUCCAGCAAUUCUGCUCCAACAAAAUGAUGAAAUUAUACAAUGAGUCAUGCUGCUCAAUUUGCUUACAGGAUUUUGAGAAUGAAGAAUUGGUCAGAAUACUUCCAAAAUGUAGCCAUAUUUUUCAUUUAGAAUGCAUUGACAAGUGGCUAAUCCAACAAGGAUCAUGUCCCAUUUGUAGAACUUAUGUUGUUGAUCACAUUAAUUCGUGAUAGUUUGGUUUUUUUGUUGAUGUAUAAUAGUUUUGUUUUGAGCUUCGUCCCUCUUUGUAAAAAAAAGUAGUUUCGUUUUUUUUUGUUAUAAAAUAUGGUUAGUCUAUGCUUUGUUUUGUGGUAGAAUUUCAAUUUUUUUUUUUUUUGUUGUGUUCAAAGACGUGGUAGGAUAGAAGGUAUAAUCGCAAGCUUCUACUUUGUUGCACCAUGGCGUUGAAUUAGUUGUGAAACAAACAUGCGCCAAUCAAUUGU